AUGGCUACUACUGGAUCUGAGGUCGUCGUGCCGACCGAACGAGACCAAGCAGCGAUUGUGGAUGGUGUAGACAAACUGGCCCCUCCACAAGCAAAUCCAGAGCAAGUUAGCAAAGAUGUGCCAGAAGACGAAGUAAAGAAUGUAAACGCUUCUGAGGUAGACCGUGAAAAGGUGGACGCCUCUUAUGUGGGCUGGAAACAGAUUGGAGGCUGGGAAGAAAAGGACGAGCUGACGUUGGAAGACGAACUGCUGGAUUUGAAUAACGAAACUUUUUUGGACAAUUUGAUCCCAGACAAAUUGUAUGGGGACUGGUACCAUGCUGCAGCUGUGUUUUUCCUUGGGGGAACGCUUUCGUUUCUCGUUGGGAAACUCGGGUUUUCGCUAGGUCCCGUUUUUUUCAUCAUCCUAGCCAUGGGUUUGCUGUAUAGAACGUCGAUAAGACGGUACAGAGGGGCAAUUCGAGACCAAGUACAGAAAGAAUUCACCGUGCAAAAAGUGGAGGGUGACCACGAGUCGAUGGAAUGGCUCAACAGCUUUUUGGACAAGUAUUGGAGCCGUUUGGAACCGGAACUCUCCCAAAUGGUGGUUCAGCAGGUCAAUGAAAUUCUUGCAACCAACGCGAGCAUUCCUGGAUUUAUCAAGGCGCUGUGGAUUGACCAGUUCACUCUAGGAGUCAAACCACCCAGAGUCGACCUCGUCAAGACCUACCAGAACACUGACACAGACGUGGUUGUGAUGGACUGGGGUGUUUCCUUCACGCCUCACGAUCUAGCAGAUUUGAACUCAAAGCAGCUGAAGAACUACGUUAAUCAGAGAAUAACUGUCAAGGCUAAAGCGUUUGGUCUACCGCUCUCUGUCACCGUUUCCGACGUUGCUUUUAAAGCGAAGCUUAAAGUGAGAUUCAAGCUCAUGACACCUUUCCCACACAUUGAAACAGUCAACAUUCAGUUGUUGGAAGUUCCCGAUGUCGAUUUCGUCGCCAAAUUGCUUGGCGAUAGUAUUUUCAAUUGGGAGGUGCUCAAUUUUCCAGGACUGUACCCUCUCAUCAGAGAGAUGGCAAAGAAGUACAUGGCACCUAUCCUUAUGCCACCAUUUUCUUUGCAAUUGAACGUUCCACAACUGAUUUCCAGCUCUCCGUUGUCCAUCGGUGUUCUGGAGGUGAGCGUUAAAGAUGCCGUCAAUAUCAAGGGAGCUCGCAAUAUCCUCAACGAAUCGGUGGAUCCAUAUUUGGCUUUCGAGUUGAAUGGUGUGUCAGUCGGUAAAACGAGGACUGUUCGGGACUCUUUGAACCCCGUAUGGAACGAAACUUCGUUCUUGUUGAUCAAUUCGUUCACUGAGCCGCUGACCAUUGUUCUUUACGAUAAGCGUGAGAAGGUUAAGGACAAGGUGUUGGGUAGAAUAGUUUACAAUUUGAGUACGCUGCACGACGAAAAAAGUCAGUUCAAUUUGAAACCCACGUUCCUGAGGAACUCGAAACCUGUGGGGGAACUACAUUUCAGUUUGAAAUUCCAUCCUACUUUGGAGCCCAAACAAUUGCCGGAUGGCACUGUUGAGCAGCCACCAGAUUUGAAUGUGGGUAUUAGCAAAAUUCUCGUGGAAGAGGCAAAGGAGCUGGACGAACCAGGCUGCAAAGUGUCCACCUAUGUCGAGUUGUAUUUCAACGCGAAGUUGGUAUUAACCACAGGUACUUUGAAAAAUACCGAGAGUCCGGUGUGGAAUCAAGAGUAUGAGGCCGUUAUAACAGACCGUCGUAAAACGAGGGCUAAGCUUGUCGUUAAAAAUGGCAAGGGUGAAAUAAUCGGCAGCACUGUCCAAGGGCUAAAUGACUUGAUUGACAGAACCGAAGUCAAUAAAAAUUGGAUUCCCCUUCAAAAUGGUAGGGGGCAGAUUAAAGUCACUACUCAUUGGAAGCCAGUUGACCUGGACUUGGGAGCUAACGCAGUGGCCUACACUCCACCUCUUGGAAGUUUGCGUGUUUUUAUCAGCAAGGCUGAGGGCUUGAGAAACUUGGAGAAAUUUGGAAAAAUUGAUCCAUAUGCCAGAAUUGCUGUUAAUGGCGUUGCCAGGGGGCGCACUAACGUCUGUGAGUCUACGCUGAAUCCUGUUUGGAACCAAGGAAUAUACGUAGCUGUCACAUCGCCAAAUCAAAAGAUCACUCUGGAAUGUCUAGAUGUUGAGACUGCUGGGAAAGAUCGUACCUUAGGCAAAUUCGACAUCAAUAUAUCUGAGAUGUUUCAGAAGGGCAACGACGACAAAUACGUGGAAAAAAUUGAUGAUGAGGCCCGCAUAGGACGCUUGAUUGGUAAAAAAGGUGCAAAGGGUACUGUUACGUAUUACGUCUCGUUCUACCCAACUGUUCCAGUUUUGAGUCUGGAGGAGAUUCAAGAAGUUGAUGAUCUCUCAGAAAGAAAGCGGAAGCUGGACUUAAAGCGGAGCGAAUACAGCGAAAAAGCCUUGAGUAAAGUAGCUGAAAAGAAAAUGAAAGAAGAAGAGUUUGAAAUCAAAGAAAUGGAGGACCUCUAUGGGAACAAAAUGAAGCUCGACCUUGAUGAACUGCUACAGUAUCAAAGUGGUGUGCUUGCCUUUUCGAUUUUAGGAGGAGAACUUCCACAGACUGGUGUUUGUAUUCAGGCCUUCUUUGACUCCAAUAGCUACCCGCGCUACGUUACCCAAAAGUUUAAGGGACGAACCAUCAGGAAUGGUUCCACAGGUGAUGUAAUGAUCAAAGAGCUAGAAUGGUCUGUUGCCACGUUAAGAGCCACAACAAAGCCAGAAAAUAACAAGGCAGAAGAGUGUCUAGCAGAGGUGACACUACCGACCGUGGAACUUCUCAGAAACUGUUACUACAAGCCUUCGAUUUUGAAUCUCUCUGGAAACAAAAGUAGCAAACUUUUAGUUCAAGUAUCGUGGUUCCCGGUAGCAACGACGAGGCUUCCUCAGGCUGAUCUCAUUACCAACACGGGUGACCUGACGAUAGACAUUCUGGGUGCUAACAAUUUGAUUGCUGCUGAUCGAAAUGGAAAGUCAGAUCCGUUCGUCAAGUUUUACCUUGAUAACAACGAAGAUUCAUUCUUCAGGACACAUCAUAAGAAGAAGACUCUCGAUCCUACCUGGAAUGAACAAUGUCAAGUGCAAAUCAAUAACCGUGUCAACAACUACCUCAGGAUCCGCAUGAUGGACUGGGAUGCCGGAAACAAGGACGACUUGAUCGGGACCGCAGUACUACCACUUGCGGACGUCGACCCCGAGAAUCCAAGCGAAAUCGACGUACCACUCACCGGUCCUGAUGGAGAAGACGGUGGUAUUCUUCACUUGAACUUCAAUUUCAAUCCCAGACAUGUCUUGACGGCACGUAAGCAAGAGAAAAAGGUGGGCGAUCUAGCAACCAAAGGACUCACCUCUGGAUUGCAUGCCGGAACCUCGGUCAUCGGAGGAGGACUGGGUGCAGUGGGAAAAAUCAGAAAAGGCAUUUUUGGAGGUGAGAAAAAUGACCGUGACAAAGAAGGUGAAGCCUAG